UGUGUAAAUGAAACAGUGAGAGAAGUGGUGUGUUGGCAAUGAUUAGAACGAAAUAGUUCCAUAGCCAAAAUAUAUAUUUUUUGACUUUCCGCGUGUAUUUAAGAAUUUGUUUGGGUAUUUGUUAAGUUUGAACAUUUUUUUAAAUCUCUGGUGAAAUAAAAACGUUAUGUUAACGGUAAAAAAAUAUUACGUGCCGAAACCGUGGUCGCGCAUUAAUAAUGUUAAUAGUCACUUGUUUGUUUUCUCUUUCAGCCGCUUUCAGCAGCUCUUUAAGCAGUCUGCAGUCUGUACGCCAUUUUGCAGUGUGUUUUAAUAUAUUACUGACCGUGAAAUAACGUACAGUUUGUGUUUCAGGAUUUUGUGUUAAUAUUGUGUAUUUUAACUUUGUUAUAUUAUUUAUUAUCUACUAUUGUAAUGAUGGAAUUUGUUAUCGUUUUGAUAUUUUGUGUGGUUCUUGUGAUUGCUGUAAUGGUAAUUGGUUCCGGGAUGGGGAAAGCUACUUCGUCGCAGCGUCAGAUGGACAUCAUUAACGUCGCUCAGAACUUAUAUCUUUUAAUUAGGAAAGGCGACUUGAAGAAAUGUGACGUUACGCAGACGACCGCGUUUCUUCUCAACAUCGCAAAGUCAACUGUUCUCAAGUACUACAAGAAAGACAUUGAAGAAGUUUCAACACCAGGAAAAAAGAGGAAAAAAAGGCCACAGGAAGGAAAGUCACUUGACACAGUCGACGAUUUCACAGUAAAUGCAAUCAGGAAUGCAAUUUACAGGAUGUACGCUGAAGGUUUGAAUGUUACAGUCGACACCAUUUUGAAAGAAAUCAGGGAAAGACAAAUAGAUUAUUAUGGUGGAAGAUCAAGUCUUCAUAAAUUGUUAAAGAAGAUGGGAUUUUCAUGGAAAACUGUUGAUGGACGAAAAGCUUUGAUAGAGAAUGAAAACAUAGUAUUGCAGCGAAUAGAUUUCUUGAGAAAGUAUAAAGAAGAAAAAGAAAGAGGUGCCAAUUUCAUAUUUGUUGAUGAAACAUGGAUUUUCCAGAGAGGCAAGGCAUUAAUUUAUUUGAAAAUUUGUUCUGUGGUCCAAUACAAAGUAUUUCAUUUCCAUUUCAUAUAUUUUUCAGGAACUGUAUCAAAGUCAUGGCAGGACAAGAGUCUACAAUCUGCGAAGAGACGUACUGUUGGAGAUGGUAAAAGGUUUAUUGUUGUUAAUGCUGGAGGGCGCACUGGCUUUGUGCCAGGAGCAGGAUUACUUUUUGUUUCAGGUCAGAAGACUGCAGACUACCAUGGCGAGAUGAAUGGGGAAACUUUCUUGAUGUGGUUUGAAGACAUGUUGGUGCAUCUUGAGGAACCCAGUGUCAUCAUAAUGGACAAUGCUUCAUAUCACAGCACCCAGAUGGGCGAGGUGUGUGGAUCACGUGGAGAAGCUAAUUCAAGCAGACUGGGAGAGAGAAGUCCACAUAGACAGCGGCACCAUUCCUCCACUCAUCAUCCACCUCGGCGAGGAUAGUUCAAGUGAAGACAGUGACAGCGAAGAAUUUGAGGUUACGACACAGCAAGUAGAUGGAGACAGUGAAGUACUGGCAGUUCCUCUUGAUGAUUUACCCGGGUGUUCUUAUUGAGGUCUGUAUGUAAUAAACACCUGGGCAACUGUAAGUAUUGGGGUUUGAAACAUUUUUUUUUUCUUUUAUGCAUUCCCAUGAAGUAUGUUGAUUACUGGAACUUUAUGUAUUAACUUUAUAUUACACGUAUUAUGAAAUGAAUAUUAAAUUUCAUUUCUGGAUUCGUAUAGGUGUAUGUGAAACAUUUUAUUUUGUUGUGUGUCUUCAUUUUUCAGUGAACUUACUUGGAAAACAAAAAGCCAGUCCCCAUCCAGGGCCACAAAUAAAUAAUGCAUAUAAGUGGUAUAGAAAUUACUGUCAAUUCUUCACCACAAUUUUACUGUUCAUAAAAUUAUGAUUUUGUCUAAUAAGUAUACUCAGGAAAAUGUAUAUAACCAUAUUUUUAUUUGUGGCCUUAACCGGCAAAAUGGUAGGGGUUUAUUAAAUAAAAGAAGAAAAUUCAUUUUUAAAUGUUUUCAUCUGAAUUUGUUAAUUUUAUUAAACCUUCAAUCCUUAGUCUUUUCCAGAUUGCUUAGAUGGACAGCCAUAUGUAUAAUUUACAAUACUUUUUUUU